AGACAGAGAGGGAAGAUAGAAUAGAGACACUAGCAGGUGCUGAAGAUAGAAAAAAAUCAUUAGUGAUAGGGUGCCAAAAAAACAACAAAGCAAUCAGGGAGAAGUGUGUUUAAAGGAAAAAGUAAAGAACAGAACAGAGUCAGACACUCAAACUCUCUGAUUUAAAAAAAAAACAAAAACUGGAGCACACUUAUUUUUUAGCUCUUUAUCCUUCUUUGGUACGGAUUCUCCUUCCUCGAUCAUCCUCUUCUUCCUCCUGCUUUCCUCUCUGACACACAGUGCCACCAUGGAAACUGGAAGCCCUAGGAAGAUACAGUUCACCGUCCCUCUACUGGACACCCACUUGGACCCAGAGGCAGCUGAACAGAUCAGAAGACGUAGACCCACGCCUGCCACUUUAGUGGCAUCCAGUGAUCAAUCAUCACCAGAAAUUGAUGAAGAUCGUCUCCCAAAUCAGUUGUACAAGGCGGCCUUGUUGAACUCCCCUCGACAACGGCGAAAAGGGCAAAAAGGAACACCUACAAUGAAAGAGCUACAGUUCCUGGUAGAGCACCACCUGUACAGGCAGCAGCAGGGAGCUGGGGACGAAUGCUCCUCAGAGAGCUGCCUGUCAGACCGGCCCAGCCCUGACUCUGUGCCCACGGGAGAGGAGCUCCCACACGACGACGAGGCCACUGCAGAGGCCUUUGAGAAACUGCGUUGCCAAAUGGAGGAGUUCUCGAGAGAGAGUCUAUUAGAGGCUGCCGGUGGGCUUGAAUGUCCCCUCUCCAAGGAGAAAGAGGAUUGUUCCAGUGUUGCUAAUGUAGUAGAUCCCUCAUCGCAACAAAACAGUGCACAAGCAGAAACAAAAGCAGGAGUGAGUCAGCCAGCAGAGGAGAAGACAAAGAAAUCCAGCCUGAAGACAGAGAAAUAGAGCAGUCCUCUGUGCAACACAAUGCUGCUCAGUCAGCCCUACAAAAUGACAGAAGAUUGUGUCUGCAGAUUUACUUUUUAAAAACAUCAGGGCAUUCCUCUAUGGCCAGGCCUUAGUUACCACCUUGAGAACAAGAGCAAAGGUUUCUACAUUUAUUUUGUGUCAAAAAAUCUUGUGUAAAGGGACAGUUGUAUAAUUAUAUUUGUUUUUAUUAUAGCUCCCCCUGCACUAAAUUAAAACUAGCCGAUUGUAGUUAAUGGGAGAGGCUUUUUUGAAUGUCUCACUCACACAUUCAUUAUCAUAAUCUGUCACAACUGACAAGUUUAAUAUCCCGUUUCAUUUUCAAAGGCAACAAAUAUUCUAAGUGUAAUCCAUUUAGACAUUUUUUUUAACCAGUUAAUAUGUGCCAUGAAUUUAACAGUGAUUGUUCCAUCUCACAGCAAUAAAACAGUAUGAGCAGCUCGAAAAUAACUAAAGCCAAAACCAUCAAUUUAAAUUCAAAUGAUCAUAAUCAGUAAACAUAGAAAUAGGUGGGAAGCAAAUAUCGGUUUAUAUUUAAAAAUAUAUAUAUAUUUUGAGUCAUUGGGUUGAUAUCUACAAAUAUUUAUGAGACCACUGAAAGAAAAUUUGGCAUCAUUAAUAAUUAUUUAAUUAAACAAGUGGCAGAAAAUUGUUCAGCAGCUAUUUUUAUAUUCUAUUAUUUUGGUUUCAUUUGAGGAGUGGUUCUCAAACUGUAUGGCAGGCAUCCCUGGUGGAGCGUACAACAACUUUACAGGGGUGACCUCUGUUUUGUUGAGUUAUAAUUUUUUUAUUGUUACUGAUGGAUGAAAGUUGUUGAGAUGGAGCUUUAACUCUGCUGGGCUUCUGAAGGGGGGACAUGCUAGAAAAUGUUUGCGAACCACUGCAUUAAACUGUGUCUACACAGAGCGCAUUUCAGACUUGCUCUUCGGUCAUUUGUCCUACAUAUGUCUGACAGAGCAGUUGCUCAUAUUUUAAACACACUGGACAUUAAAUGAAAUUGACUCAAUAGAUUUCUAUUUUCAUGCUUUGAAUCUGUUUUCAUACAUUCUGUGCUUGCAAGUACAGUGAUUGUGUCCUCUAAGGUUUUCAAUGCUUCCAAAAUUACCUACAACUCAAUACUUUUUUUCAAGGCCUCCUUUGUGACAGAGACUGAACAGAUUUCUGUGUAGAUGCAGUUUCGUGCUCUGCGGUUAUAAAAUGAACAAAACAAGUCUUGCCGUGUCUGGGAAACUGUCUGGGACAUUUUAAAUCUCAUCAUUUCUAGAUUAAAUGAUUCGUGAAUAAACAAAGAAAAUGGAUGAAUUACAAUAACAGUUUGUUGCAGCUUUAACAGCAUGUAUAGCCUACAGAUAUCUACUCUGCAAGAUGUAAUUCCAAUCAGAGUUCAGUCCAGUCAUCAGAAAAAGGACUAAUUACACUGUAACACCUGUACCUCCAUUUUUGUUUUCAUUUUUCAGAAUAGCAUUUUCAAAAUGGAGAAUUACUCACAACACAAACGGGAAGGCGCAUCUUGUCAAGCAAAAGAAAAGAAAAGUUCACCAGUUUGUUGAGAUGCUGAUGUAGUCCCCUGGUUAUGCUUUAGGACUACUGCUAACAACUGUCUGCCUGUAGCUUGAAAGCCACAGGGGAGACAUGUUUAUUUAGUUCCUUGUUUGUCUGGUUAGGAUUCAGACUACUGUCAGUCAGAUACAGAGACACACAUGCAGACAGCUGAAGAGAAACAUUUCUGAAAUGAAGCAAAAUGAACUGUGACUCCAAAAAGGGAUGACUGCAAUUUCAGCAAGAUGUCAAAGUUACAUCAUUUUACGUUACUGUAAAUCAAGUGUUUUAUUCUUUAAACCUCAUGUGAGUAAUUGUUGCUCAAUAAGAAGAACGAUAAGUCCGUUUACAGUGAUUUACGUAAUGAUAACUAGACUGUUACCAUUCUAGUUGAUAAACAGGAUACAAGCGAUUGCAUUUGAGGCUCCAUUUGCAUAUUUAGGAUUAACAAGGAAGAAUCCUCCCCCAGUGAGCAAAUUGCACCCUCAUUUUUGACACAUGAAUGCUUCUUGGGAAUUUAAAUUCUGGUCAUAAAACACUCUCUUGCAUGGCACUGAAUGUACAGUGACUUGUUGUCUAUACCCAAGGUAUCUUCUGUGCUUCAUUUUGUACAAAAAAAACCCCAAACAAAUUUAAACACAUUUUUAAAAACUGCUGCAUUCUCUUUUAAUUCUACUUUGUAACAAAGACAUCAUAAAGUCAUCAGCACACUAAAUAUUUGUCAUCGUGUAAUCUGUUGUUUGUAUCACUGAAAUGGCAUUAUGUGACAAUCCUUCUAUAACCUUCACACCAUACUUGACAUGUCUGAAAGAAGUAAAUGAGCAAAACUGAAACUGAAACUAGUUUCAGUGUCACUUUAGGAGAUUAAUCAGCCACAGCAAAAAGUUGUUUAUAACUCAGUCGCCAAUAAUGGUCACUUUAUCCACAAUGAACAAGAAGGACAGUAAAACAUUCCUGUGCAAGCUUUAUGUUUUUAUUCUGCAAUGUAUUUAUGGACAAAAUUGUUUGUUUUGUUUUUUUGAAUGGUAGU